AUACCCAUGCUGGUUUUUGUAUUUUGAUUACCCAUGUGAUCUAGUACAGUAAUUAAGAAAGUUUAUGCAUUAGUAUAGUCAUUAUAUGUAUCAUCUGACUCAUUAUAGGUAAUUUCUCUAAUUUUAAUCUCAGCAAUGUCGACACCAUCAUCAGUUGUUAAUGAUUACUUGGGAAGUGAAGAUCCGACACAAGAAACAAGAGAUCUGAUUUCUUCUCUUCCAAGCGAGAAAGGCUGGUUAGUGAGUCACUUGUAUCAGUUUCAAGGACGUUGGCACACACAAGCUCUGUUACAAGGACUCUUGGAGUGUCAAAAACACUUUGAGGCUAAAGAUUCCGACAUUAUCCUCGUCACCAAUCCUAAAUCAGGUACCACUUGGUUAAAAGCUCUCGUCUUUUCUCUCCUUAACCGACACAAGUUUCCAGUUUCUUCUGGUAAUCAUCCUCUUCUUGAUACCAAUCCACACCUCCUCAUACCUUUCUUGGAAGGAGUAUACCACGAGUUUCCAGAUUUUGAUUUCUCCAAGUUGCCUUCUCCAAGACUCAUGAACACGCACAUACCGCUUCUUUCCCUGCCAGAGUCCGUUAAGAGCUCGUCUUGUAAGAUUGUGUAUUGUUGUAGGAACCCUAAGGACAUGUUUGUGUCCUUAUGGCAUUUUAGGAAGAAACUUGCUCCUGAAGAAACCGCUGAUUGUCCUAUUGAAAAAGCGAUUGAAGCGUUUUGUCAAGGUAAAUUUACUAGUGGACCCUUUUGGGAUCAUGUGUUGGAGUAUUGGCAUGCGAGCCUCGAGAAUCCGAACAAGGUCUUGUUUGUUACUUAUGAGGAGCUCAAGAAGCAGACUGGAGAUACAAUCAAGAAAAUAGCUGAGUUCUUGGGAUGUGGUUUUGUAGGAGAAGAAGAAGAGAGAGGAAUUGUGAAGUUGUGUAGUUUUGAGAGCUUAAGUAGUUCGGAAGUUAACAGAGAAGGGAAGUUGCCAAAUGGAAUGGAGACUAAAGCUUUCUUCAGAAAAGGAGAUGUUGGAGGAUGGGGAGAUACUUUGUAGAAUUGGUUAUCAAACUUGCUUUCUUAUUAAGCUCAAAGGCAACUCAUAUUUAUACAUACCUGAAGCGUAUCCUAUCUC